CACUGGACAGGCCCGGCGAGUUGGCCAACUCGCUGCCAAAAAAAGUUCAAGUUAAAUAGUUGAUCGAGAAAGGGCCAAGCGGAUGGCCGUGAAAACGCAGCGCGCGAAAAACAAAAUAGAAAAUCGUCGCAAAAUCGUCGCCAAAUCGUCGCACUCCUGCAAAGUUACCAACUCUGAGUCCCGUGAUUCGAGAAACAACGAGCUGUUUGACAUGAGUAACCGGAGAAUGGAUACACUCGGGAUUUUCGUACUCAUUAGCUACUUGGGAUUAUCAAGUGCGGCCGGAAUUCAGCUGAGCGAUAUUCAACAGAAUCUGGCCGCCAAUGGAUCGGUGGUGCUGUCGCCUUUGAACUCCACGGAUGCCUUCAGCGUGGCCAUCAACCUGUCGCAGUCCACGGUGAACAACUGUCCUUCGCUGGCCAACGCGGAGUCCAUGGCGCAGCUGGAGCUGCUGACGAGAUUGACCGCAGGAUGUCGCUAUGACAAGAUGGUGCCGCCCGUGGUGUACAACAAGGAUGGCGAGGAGGUGCCCAUGGACAUAUACGCGCGAUUCUACAUCUAUGUGAUGAAGAACCUGGACUCGAGUGACCUGCAGUUCACGGUGCAGGGUCUGCUGCAGCUGCGCUACUUGGACCCGCGCCUGGCCUUCUCCAGCUAUCUGCCCAACCGCAGGCAGCCCAUCAUGGGCGAGUCGGAGCUGAAGAAGAUGCUCUGGGUGCCGCACAUAUUCCUGACCAACGAGCAGGCCUCCACUGUGCUGGGCACCAGCGCCAAGGACGAACUGACCACCAUUUAUCCGAAUGGCACGGUGCUGACCUCCACGCGGCUGCAGGCCACGCUGUACUGCUGGAUGAACUUCCAGAAGUUCCCGUUCGACGAGCAGAAGUGCAAGACGACCCUGGAGAGCUGGAUGUACAACACCUCGCUGGUGCAGCUCCACUGGGAGACCGACAACCCCGUGAGCUUCGACAAGCAGCUGCAGCUGACGGAGUACAACCUGAUUGGGUCGCUGUACAACGAAUCCAUCCGGGUGUCCAACGAAUCCUACAUGUCGCACGGCUCACUGGAGGGCAACUACAGCAUCAUCAGCUUCACCGUCUUGCUGACCCGGGAGGUGGGCUACUAUGUGAUCGACUACUUCCUGCCCUCGAUCAUGAUAGUGACCAUUUCGUGGGUGUCCUUCUGGCUGCAGGCGGAUCAAACGCCCGCGAGGACUACUCUGGGCUGCACCACGCUGCUCUCCUUCAUCACGCUGUCGCUGUCGCAGGAGAACAACCUGAUGAAGGUGAGCUAUGUGACCAUGUCGGAGGUGUGGUUCCUGGUCUGCACCAUCUUCAUUUUCGGCAGCCUGGUGGAGUUCGCCUUCGUGAACACCAUCUGGCGGCGAAACAACGAUCUGCAGCUCAAGAAGCGCACCACCAAGUACAUAGUCAAGUCCACAUUUGUGCCGCAUCUGAAGAAGCAUCGCAGGCAUGGCUACAGACGCACCGACAGCACCAUGAGCACCAUGAGCACCACCAGCAUGGACAAGUCCUGUGGCCCCAACAACACCGUCAUCACCAUAGAGACGCCCAUCAUCAUUGGCGGCAGUCUCAGUCGCGAGGACUCGGCCAUCAGCUUGGACGAGCAGGACGAGACCUCCACCUCGGAGUCCGGCGAUUCCACGAAGGAGAAGCCCGCCCAGACCUUCGCCACCAUGACGCCCAAGGAGGUGUCCCUGUGGAUCGAUCGCAAGAUGCGCUUCGUCUUCCCGCUGUCCUUCGUCGUGUUCAAUGCCCUGUUUUGGACCCUGGUCUACUGCCUGUGAUCAUCAUCAUCAUGGUCAGGUGUUCAUCGGCGAAGGAGUGCCAUUCUGUGAUCCUGGAGCAUCCUCACCCCUGCCUCAUUAGCCUUAGUUUCCCAAGGUACGGUGACACUUGCUUAGCCUUCGGCCGACUAACUGAAUUGAUUGCAAAGGACACUAAUCUUGUGAAAAUCCCACACCAAUGGCAAUAAAUGUUUUCAGGCUCUGCAAAAAUCUUUUGUAAUUAUGUAAAAAUGUAAUUAAUCCCGCAGUCGGCCGAAUCUUGAGCAAGUGUCGCGCACCCCAAGUCCACAAAUCCCCGACAGGUGAUGGAGAGGGAUCUCCUCUUCCUUUGCGGGGCAGUACGUGUUAUGUAGUCUGUAUUUGUUCGCAAUAAAUUAUA